ACCGACCAUGCCACUGAUCUCGUAUGAAGGUGUGGAUGUGGACGUGCCCACUGUGGACGGGCUGCGCUUCUUCUUUGAAAGCGGUAAGCUCAUCGUGGAGUGCACCAACUUUACAGGCAAGUUUGCGUUGACGAAGCCUGCUGUCGCGCCGCCACAGCAGCACACGCCGUCGUCGGUCGACUUGUUCUUGACGCCAGUGGCUCCCAAGUUUGCCGAAGGCAAGAAACGCACGGCGUCCGUGGCCGUGGACAAUGUGACGCCUGUGACGGUGUACGAAGACGUCAAACGCCAGAAGGUGGACCAAGUCAUCAGUCCCGACGACAAGCAGCUGCAACAACCCAACUUAACCAAAACUAUUCAGUUUCUCGAAAGCGAAAAGGAGAACAUCUACGGCUCCGAAGACGAACUGGAGCUGCUCUUGACGCAGCGGGAAGCUAGUGUCAACAAGCCCACCCAGCCGCCUGUUGUCGCAGAAACAAAGCGCGCGCCCCUCAAGCAAUUGGAUCCACCCGUUGACAUUACGACUACCAAGAAGCCAACCAAAGUAGGAACCGCCAAGACAGCCGCGAAAAAGGAGCCGAAAGCGAAAAAGACGACAGCCAAGGCUGCACCUCCUCCUACCACCAAGCUCAACUUCUUCGCUCCCAAGGCGUGCGACUCCAUCAUCUCAUCCUCCACUCAAGACGACGUUCCGUCCACCCCAGACAGCGUGAUCGACGUGUCGCCCAACUCGCCAUCGGUGGCCACAGCGCCCUACUCCCCUCUUCGUGCAGGCACGUGGAAGGUCCUGGAACCGAAGGGAGUGGCCCCCAGCCAGCGAUGGGGCUGCACCGCUACGAUGGUGUCCAACCAGCGCGUGGUGGUGUACGGAGGUGAAGGGGACGACGAGUCGACUCUGUCCGACCUGUUUGUGUACGACGUCGUAAAGGCCGAGUGGUCGUGCCCGCUCAACUGCGAGAGCAUUCCCCGGUCGUUUCAUGCGUCCGUGUAUGUUCCUGGGAAGAACCUCAUGCUCGUGUUUGGCGGCGAGCGUGUGAUGGACGGCAGCCACGAAUCCCUCUCGGAUCUCAUGGUUCUUGAUACAGAGUGCUUUCUGUGGUACCCCCCCGCGGUGAGCGGCACGCCCCCCCUGGCUCGAAGCGGCCACUCGUGCACUGUGUUAGGGUCGGACGUGGUUGUGUUUGGCGGGAGCCGCGGCCGCAACCGUCCGAGCACCGUGCACCUCCUCGACACGAACACGUGGAACUGGACCAAUGUCAAAGUGAACGGCAAAGCGCCGACGUCGCGUACAUACCACAGCGCCGUGGCCGUGGGACCCAACCGCGUCGUCAUAUUCGGCGGCAACGACGCCAAGAAGAGCUACGAUUCCGUGCAUGUCCUUGACCGAACCCUCCAAGAUGAUGGAUCGUCGUCGUGGAGCUGGUUCAAUCCUUGUGUGGUGGGCACUGGCCCGACCGCGCGCACCGGCCAAGUCACGAUUACGAUGGACCACCGCACGAUUGUCGUGUAUGGCGGAUGGGACCCUCAGCAUGCCGACAAAGUGCAGUUGUUUGGCGAUGUCUUUGCGUUGGACACUGGUAUGUACCCCUAAACUCAAAACAACUUCAGCCAUCUCAUCCCAAUGUUAGAAUCGUGGGAAUGGCGUCGGGUCGAGGUCGACUCAAACGGCAUGGAGCGCGUUGGGCACGUGGGGGUUCUCACAGCAGACAAGUCGCUGCUGUUCUUUGGGGGUCAAGAUGCCACCGAAACACGACGGAACGACGUCACGCAACUGUCCUUGUUGCCGCCCCACAACGCAUAACAAGGACGAAAUUAAUCAAACUUUUAUGUUAACGGCGA